ACGUAACAUGUGACGCAGGGUGAGGCGUCACCGCGUUGCCGUUUCCUCGGCGACGGUCUUUGUGCGGGAAAAAAAACGACUCGUCGACGUCCUUGCUCGGGUUCGGCUCCACCUGCGGCGAUUUGGCGUUGGACGUACACACGAAACACGGACCGAACCGGGCCAGGUGAAUGUUACCGCGCAGCAUCUGUGGUAACCGUGCAACACGUGCGUCCAGAGGCUCUGUCGCACUUCAUUGGGCCGCUGCUAAAGCUAACAGUGAAGCUAGCUAACUCAGCUACUGGCAGACACAAAAAAAAAAAAACCGAACUUGCACAGGUAUCCCUGACGUCUGGAGAUCAUCUUCAUCAGAGUCCAUGGAGUCAGAGGGAGCUGAGUCCCCGCCGUCGAGCACGGGGCCAGUCGAAGUCUUCAACUCUAUUCGCGAGCGUACGAUCGCAGAGAACAGCAUGGUGGUCCUGCUGCAGGGUUUGAUGGGGGAGGUGACCACGGUGGACAUGAGGAACGAGAGCACGGCAAGGGGGCGCGUGGUCAAUGUGGACGCCUUCAUGAACAUACGACUGGAGGAGGUGCUGUACCAGGACCGGCGGGGCCAGUCCACCCAGCUGCAGGACCUGUUUAUCACCGGCAGGAACGUCCGCUACAUUCACAUCCCAGACCACGUGGACAUAAUGAAGACCAUACAGAGCCAGUUGGCCAAGAUCCAUAGAGUCCGCAACUUUGCCAAUCAAGGAGGAGGCAGAAAAGAAUAUGCCAAGAAAUCAAAAUAACUUAUUUUCUUUUUCAUACAAGGAUACAAAUCUCUGCUACUCUGGUAUGGCUUGUGCAAGCUUAAGUCCAAAAAUAAGCUUGGAAGCAGCAAGCAGUUUUUCUUUCUUUUUUUUUUUCAGAUUUGAGUCCAACAAACACAAAAUGAGUCAGGGGAUGAGAACGAGAACAAUAUAUGUUUUUCUGACUUUUUUUCCUUUUUUUUUUGUUGGGAAAUAUUGGAUAAUUUUGAGCAAAUACUUGGUGGAGCUGGAACGAGAGUGUUUGUCAUUUUUGCUUAAAAUAUUAUGGAAAUAGUUGCCAAUUAAGUUUCUUUCAAUCAGUAAAAUAAAUUAUUUUUGACAAAGAUCCCUUGGAGUAGUUUUUUAAGGAAUUGUGAUCGUGACGUACUGGUCAAGACAUUUCGCAGUUGAAAAAUGAUUUUGUCCGUGCUCUCUGGUGGACAGACUGAUGAAGACACUGUUUCUACAGGGUGUCUGCAGGCCUUGAAAAGUCUUAACAAGCAGUGAAUUUAAAAAAAAAAAAAAAAAAAA